AUGGUCAUCGCUGGCCACGACUCGAUGAGCAGCACACUCCCUUGGGCAGUCAAGUACCUUGCAGAUCACCAGGAUGCACAGCAACGCCUGCGCAAGAGCAUGCACGCUGGCUACGCAAAGGCGUUUUCAGAGGGUUAUACACCAACCACGGCGGAAAUAACUGGCAUCUCCAUUCCUUAUGCCGACGCUAUCAUGGGAGAAGUCUUACGAUUUAGUACCGUAGUUUCAUUUGGUUCCCGACAAGCCACUCGAGAUACGACAGUGCUAGGCAGGAGGAUUCCAAAGGGCACAGUAGUGAUAUAUCUCAAAAACGGGCCCAGCUUCUUCACCAAGGGAUACGACAUUGAUGAGAGUAUCAGAAGUGAGACGUCCAAACAGGAAGAAAAUCGUAUCAAGAAAGACACAGGAGGAAACGAGAUUUAUGACCCGAACGCGGCGCCAAUGAGCACCUUUGGAUUGGGUCCCAGAGAUUGCUUUGGAAAGAAGCUGGCGUAUCUUGAAUUUAGAUUGCUGUUGACCAUGAUCGUUUGGAACUUUGAACUGCAAAAAUGUGCAGGUGAACUAUCAAGCUACGAGGGGUGGUAUAAGACAUUUGUGGUGCCAUGGCAGUGUUACGUGCGACCGAACAAGAUUAUACGCUGA